AUCUCCAUGUGAAAGAAGAAAACCUCUCUAGAAAACAGCACGCAAAUCCUUGGAUUUUUAGCUCUCUCUUUUCAACGCCAGAACGCAGCCUCAAGCAAUCAUCAUGUCCUCCUCCCUCUUCCUCACCUCAUCAUUAGUCCCUCACCUCCUCUAUCUACCACCAAAACCACCGCCAUCCACCACCUCCAGGAAGGUCGGAAACAGAAGAAAGAGGAAGAAGAAGGUUGGAUGAGGAAGCUGGUAGAACAUGAAGGCGGAUUCGAUCAAGAAGAAGAAACCCUAGCUCUUAAACCAUAGAUGCAAUGGUUUCUCUCUCUUGUUCUUCAAAAGGGUAGCCUUCUUGUUGAUCAAUACCAUCUUUUCUUGGGGAAUGGAAGCAUCAUGGUCCGACUGUUCUCUAGAUCUAUGCCUUCUAUAUAAGUGUUUGGUUUCUUUUAUUUUUGAUUUUGAAUUAAUCAAUCAUAUAUAUGAGUGAAGUAGCUACUCUAUAUAGAUUUGGUUUAUCAAUAUAUGGAUUGAUCAUGGACAACAGAUAUGUUGCCAUAUAUGUGCUUUGCUAUCUUUCUUGGUUUCUUAGUGCUUAAUUUGUGUUGAUUUAAGCCGUUGAUUUCUAAAAGGAUCAGGAGUUCAAGAUCUACAUAUAUCUCUUGAGAAAUAUGAAGCAGUUGAUGUAUAUUUGGAUUUUAAUUUUAGUGUUUUAGUACUUCUAUAUGUUCAAAAUUAGGGUUGAUCAUCUUCUCCAGCUUCUUCUUCAUAAUUUUUUUUUAAAGAAAGAAAUAUUCCAAUUUGAAUCUUUUUCAUGGUUGGAAUAAUUCUAACUUCGGCAG